CAUAGGAAGAUUUUCUACGAAACCAAACAGAAAACCAAAAUCGCUCCCACCUUGAUUCGUAUUUCGUUGGGCCUCUGUUGGAAAAACCCUUAUAAUCCCCUAAUCCGACCAUGAAUCCAAGAAUUAUAUGAAUCCCAACAAUCGGACCACCUGAACGAUGAGAAUCCCAUCUCUGCGUCUCCGCCCAGUCUCACGCUUCUCUCCAAAAGCUCCAUGGUUGCUUCACUUUCACACCGCCAGUUCUGACGCAAUUGAUACUCCCUUCUACGACCUUUCCACCUCCAAUGAGGUUCUAAAAAUCGUUGGCACGAUCAGUCCCAUGGAGCCAGCCCUUGAACCCUUGGUCCCCUUUCUCUCAAAGCGCAUUAUCUCCGAGGUGAUUGAAGAGGAGCAAAAUCGCCAACUGGGUUUUCGCUUUUUUAUUUGGGCAGCGAAAAGACAGCGAUUUUACAGUUCCCUAACUUUCAAUUUGGUGAUGGAUACGAUAAUCAAAGAAAACGGGGUCGAUUUGUAUUGGAAAACGAUUGAGGAAAUCAAGGACUCUGGAUUUGAGAUUUCGUCGGAUGCUUUCACACUUUUGAUGGCAGUGUACGCAAAGAUGGGUCUAUGCGAGAAAGCGAUUCAAGUAUUUGGUAAGAUGAGAGAAUUUAAUUGCGAGCCUGAUGUUUAUGCUUAUAAUGCGAUUUUGCAUGUAAUUCUGGGGAAAGAAGUAUUUAUAUUAACUUUAGCGAUUUACAACCAGAUGUUGAAGUUGAAUUGUCAGCCUAACGUCGCUACAUUUAGCAUUUUGAUUGAUGGGUUUUGCAAGAGUGGCAAAAUGCAGGAUGCCUUGCAAAUGUUUGACGAAAUGGUGGAGAGAGAUAUGUUACCGUGUACGAUAACAUACACCAUAAUUAUCUCAGGGUUACUUCAAGCCAAGAGGGCUGAUGAAGCGCUGAAAUUGUUUAGUAGGAUGAAAGAAGAUGGAUGUCUUCCAGAUUAUAUUACAUACAAUACUUUGCUUGAUGGGUUCUGUAAACUAGAUAGGGUUGAUGUGGCUUUAGACCUUUUGAGAUCUUUUAAGGAGGAAGGUUUUGUACUUGGACUAAAUGGCUAUAGUUGCUUGAUUGAUGGUUUGUUUAGAGCUAGGAGAUUCAAUGAAGGACUUGCAUGGUAUGGGAAAAUGGUUGAGAAAAAUCUCAAGCCUGAUGUUAUUUUGUAUACCAUAUUGAUGCGAGGUUUAUCAGAGGCAGGGAGGGUAAAGGAUGCAUUGAAAUUGUUGACUGACAUGACUGAAAGAGGUGUAGAACCGGAUACUUAUUGUUAUAAUGCUUUGAUCAAAGGAUUUUGCGAUAUGGGUCUCUUGAAUGAGGCACAGUCUCUUCGGCUUGAGAUCUCUAAUAAUGGUUGCUUUCCUAAUGCUUGCACUUACACCAUUCUAAUUUGCAGUAUGUGCAAGAAUGGGUUGGUUGGCGAGGCAAAAGAAAUAUUCAAUGGGAUGGAAAAAAUGGGAUGUUCUCCUUCUGUUUUUACAUUCAAUGCUCUAAUCGACGGACUUUGCAAAGCAGACAAGAUGGAUGAAGCUUGUCUUUUGUUUUAUAAGAUGGAGAUAGGGAAAAAUCCUUCCAUAUUUCUUCGGCUUUCUCAGGGUGCCAGUCCAGUUCUUGAUAAUGCUAGCCUACAAUCUAUGGUGGAGGAAUUGUGUGAUUCAGGACAGUUCCUUAAGGCCUACAAGAUUCUCAAUCAACUUGCUGAAAGUGGGGUGGUUCCAGACAUAAGGACUUACAACAUUCUGAUCAAUGGCUUUUGCAGAGCAGGUGACAUGAAUAUUGCCUUGAAGCUCUUUGAGCAGAUGCAAUCCAAGGGGCUUUCCCCUGAUAGUGUAACUUACGGUACUCUUAUCAAUGGUCUUCAAAUGGUCGACAGAGAGGAUGAUGCCUUCGAGGUCUUCAAUCAAAUGGAGAAGCAUGGUUGUACACCGAGCUCUUCAGUUUUCCAUUCACUUAUGACUUGGUUAUGCAGAAGGCAGAAGGUUCCGCUAGCUAUUAGUCUAUGGUUGGAGCAUCUUAGGCACCGUCCUGAUAGGGACGAUAAAGUGGUGGAAGAAAUAAAAGAAAACUUUGAGAAGGGAGAACUCGAAAAGGCAGUUAGAGACUUGCUUGCAAUGGACUUUAAGUUAAAUGAUUUUGGUCUAGCACCUUAUACCAUUUGGCUCAUAGGUUUUUGUCAGGCAGGAAGAGUAGAAGAAGCUUUCAAGCUAUUCUCUAUUCUUAAGGAGUACAAUGUCACUGUCACUGCCCCUAGCUGUGUGAAGUUGAUACGAAGUUUUUGCGAAGAAGGGAAUCUAGACCUGGCAGUAUAUGUUUUCACUUACACACUGGAUAAAGGGUUUAUGUUAAAAUGGCCGAUUUGCAACCAACUACUCGAAUCUUUACUUCUUUCUGAGGAUAAAAAGAAUGACGCAUUUUCUCUUCUACGCAGAAUGGAAUCUCUAGGAUAUGAUUUGCGUACUUACAUCCGUGAAAAUACAAAGUCCCUUCUUCAUGCGCGUUGGGAUGCAUGGGAAACGAAAAAUGUGCCACCUGGAUGAUUACAGAUGCUAGGGAAACUCUUCUGCAAACUUUUUGUAACUGCUGAGGCAUUAGAGUCACAGGAGAAGGAGCUUUUAUGCGCUUGCUUUUCCAAUAUUUUUGACUUAAUAACAAUGUUGCUGUAAACAAGGAGCUCGCAGCAUUGACGACAACCCUUUCUAAACCUGGUAUGUUUUACAUGUUGUAAACUAGAAGUGAGUGAUUCAGAAAGUGUAUGCCAGAGAUUGUUAUCUUUGCAUCCUGAGGUUAUUGUAUGGACACUUCCAGUAGAAUAGUUGGUUUCGCUGGUUUCUUUUGGGGCAAAGGUGAUCUGCUGCAGAAUGCUUCCUAUCCUGCUCUGCAUAAUGUCCCCUACCAAAUGGUCCGAACAAUAUUCACUAUCAAGCGUCAAAAUAUUCAUUAGGUGUCUGUAUAUAAAUUCUUUUCUUUUAACCGGGAAUAACACCAGAUAAGUUUGCCCUU